AUGGCGGUGGAGGCUUGCGAAGGACCCUGUUCGUCGAUCGACGACUCCACCACCACCACCACCACCUCUCCCUUCCCCCCCUGUUUGAGCCUCGCGGGCGGUGCCCUGUUGCUGCGUUCCAGGUGGAAGCAGCUCCGCGGUCGCCGUGGCCAUCCUCCCACCCUGUCCAACAGCCUCAACACCGCGUCGCGCGGGGCGGUCAGCCUCCAUCUUCUGGGCGACCGCUCCGCCUCCACAGGCUCCCCGCCUGCCCCUCGAAGCGCGAGCGACGGCGAUGAGGAUCGGCGAGACGACCCCUCGAAGGACGCAGGAUCUUCGACCGGCAUAGGUGACGGCGGCGAUCCGGGCAGAAUCCUGGCCACGAGAUGGCACUUUUCCAGCGCCCAGUCCAAGGACGACGACGACUUCCGCCUCUACCAGGCCACGUCUCCGGACGCCGUCAGAGGCACCGCCAAGCUCGUCCCCGAGUCACGCCCCAUCCGGCUCGCCGGAAUCGCAGGUAGAGGGCGCCCCAGCGCAGUCGGCACCACCGACGACGUGCCCCGGUCGGCCAAGAUCACCUCUGGCAUCGACUUCCUGCGCACCUUCCACCCCAUCCUCGACAUCCCCGCAGCCCUGCUUGCCGAGACGAUCGAACAGGAUGCGCAAUCGACUUCGCGGGACAGCCUCACCACGCCGGGGCGCGAGGACGACAACGAAACACUCCUCGUCGUGCCCAUCGCCCUGCCCCAAGGCACCACCGAGCUCGUCCUUUGCUCCGUGGGCGGCCCCAACUUCAACGAGCUCUUCCUCUCGACGCUGGUCUACGGCGACGGCCAGCAGGAUGAAUCGCCCCGCGAUGCACCCCGACAGCCGCUGCUGCGACUCACACCACCGCCAAGACCGUCACUCGUGCUGAGCUCCCCCAUCGUCCAGAUCUGUGCUUCUCCGCACGACUCGGUCACCCAAGGCAGCAGCCGACACCUCGGACCUUGGGUCGCCAUCCGGACGUGCACCGAGAUUUGCAUCGUCGCUCUCAAGCGGAGCAGCCCGGAGCACGGCCAUCCUGCAACCUACACCGUGACCGUGCUCGACCGCUUUCCCGGCGGCAGCGACGGUCCCGUCACCUACCGAGACAUCCGCUUCGACAGGGAUCAACGCAACCGCGCACUCGUCGUCGAUGCACGCGGCGAAAUUCGCGAAUGGACCGUCCCUCUCGACGAGCAGCGUCGCCCUAGAUGGCGGGAGGCGGCUUUGCGCAAGCACGAGAUGUCCGGCGAUGCCCUGCGCAAUGUCGAGGGCAAGGCAGAGGCAGCCGAGCCACGGGACGACUUCUGUCGGAUCGCAACGGGCACCGAGCGUGGCGAUCUGUUCAUGGCAUCGGCUUCGAGCCUCUACCGCGUUCGUAUCGAAGCAUCGGAUCCACCGCGAGCGGUGCGAGAGUGCUUCUACACGACCCGCGUCGGAAAGGACACCUUGAGCCGGCAUCGCUUCACUUCGCUCGUCUCACCCGGUCAUCGGUCCGAACUGCCCCUGCUGGCGGCUUGCACCGACACCGAGCUACUCUGGUUCAGCAUGCAGGACACCACUCAGCCGCUCUUUUCCGUCCAGCACCAUCGAGGCCCGGACCGCUCCCUCUGCCUUAGCGCCCUCCCGAGUCCGGACCCGACCGUCGCGCGAUUCGUCCUCUCCUCCAAACGCAACCGCCUGUUGACGGCCUACACGAUUGCUCUUGCACCUCGCGAGGCAGCGACAGGCUUCGCCGGAAAUACCACCACGACGACAGCCACGUUCCCCAGCACAAAGCUGUUGGACGGGCGUCCGCUGCUCUUUCGGCAUCACCCGAUGCUCGUGCCAACGUCGCUUCCAUCGGGCGAGAUGCCGGGCUCGCGGCCGGCCGUACUCGACCUCUCGGUGCUCGGAGACGGCACUGGCCGUACCUGGCGCAGGGAUGCCGGGCUCGACUACCAGCUCUUCGAGGUCACCGAUCGCGGCGCCGUCUUCACCAGGUUCUUGAGCUGCAGAAGUCCCGUCGAGGACGCUGAAGAGGACGUUGCGCCAGGGAGCGACACCUUGGCCUUCGUCACCUCGAGCAUCACAGACCCGGUCGACGAGGCGGAGCUUGAUCGUCUCGAGCACCCCGGCCCCUUUGGCCUUGUCGACACGCGCAUCGUCGAUCUACGUAACGUCUACCGCGCGGCUAUCAGCGACACGCUCAAUCGCAGGCUGGGCUCUCCUGGGGACCGCCUGGAUGCUCUGGUGUGCAAGAUCAAGGAGCGGCUCGACCGCCCGCCCGACCCAUUGCACGGUCGUGUGACGAGCACUGCCACCGUGCUCGCUUCGGCCUGCCACGCGCCGAGUUGGCACGAUCUGGAGAAGCACGGCUCGGCAAAGCGACAGAUCGACGAGCUUCUCAGUCGAAUCGACCAGGAUCAAGAUAGCUUCGACCUGAUCCCGGUCCUCUGGCAGCUCUGCGGCCUUCCUGCACCAUCAAGCGGAGGCGCAGACAAGCUCGGUCGCGAGCAGCUCGACGACGCACUGCAACAGAUGCUCGUGUCACGCUACGGCCCGGCAUCGUCCACCAUCUCGGCCUCCGACGCACAGCAUCGACGAGCGCUCGAGAGGAGCUCCGAGCUGGCGCGGAAGCAAGUGAUGUUUGACAUCGGGGCAUCGGCCAGGGCGCGUCUGAAUCGAUCGGACACGACUUUCGACGCCGGCUUUUGGCCGGUCAACGAGCCCAACUUCGAGCGUCGAUCGACGAAUUGGGCCUACGCCGACGAGGAGGCCUUCUCGCAGCGGUACCGGUCCACGCAGCCCGCCCCGCCGCCGCCGCGAGGCGCACCCGAAGUGCGGUUCGAGGUGCUGGAUCCGCGCCGGCCAGAACCAGCACGUCGGGCCUCCAAAGCCGCCAAGCUGGAGAAGACGGAAGACGAACGUGGCAAGGGCAGCGGAGAGGCGGAACCGGACAUGGCUGCGUUCAAGACGACCUCGACGACGCGGCUGCUCCUGUACGAGUGGGACCUGGGACAGCCGGUGUCUUCGUACGUCUACAACGACCCGUACCAGAACCUCAUGCUGCCGCCAGACAGUCGCAGUCGCUCGCAGACGCCCGCGACAUCGGUGCCGGGCACGCCGUCGAGGUCCAACACGCCUCGGUCCGUGUACGCGACGCCGCGCGGCGGGAGGAUGUCAUCGCAGCGCACAGCUCCGCCCACCAUUGGACUAUCGAGCCAGAGCAGCGUACCGCCUCCGAUCGCCUCGAGGCGGAUGCCGCCUUCGAUCGGGUCAGGAGGAGCAUCCUUGGGCAGCUUGGGCACGCCCAGCCGAGGGCGAGGACCCCUGUUCGCGAGGGAAAUGAUGGAGUCGAAACGGCACGCCGUGGCAGAAGACAGCAGCCAGGGCGCGUCCGGCAGCGAGAGCCAGAGUCAGAUGGCGCCGAGCCAGUCGCUGCCUGGGCAAGGAAGAUCACAGAUCCAGACGCAGGUCGAGCCAGGCAAGUUUGGUGGGCGCAUCCCGGCCGUCGGCGGCUCGAGUACGGGCGACGCCAAGAUCAAAAAGGCCAAGAAACGGGCCAGAGGCUUCUGA